GUCAAUUUUAUUUGUAUUGCCCAAUAUCAAAAAUUACAACCCAUUCAUUCAAUUCGGAGGGUGCUCCUGUUUUCAGCUACCAGAAUAUUUAACACAAGGGGGUGUUUUUAGCCCCGGGACAACCUCCCAUAGCUUUUUUGGGAGAUGUUCCAGUUUAGCAAGUACCCCAUGGACAUUUUAGAGAUGCUAAGUGGACACCAAGCCCAUCAAUUCAAAGGCCUUGGAUUAGAGCGUCAGCUAAGCCACCAACAGCAAGUCCAGCUACAGCAUCAGCAGCAGCUUCAGCAGCAGCACCAGCCGACUGCUGACACCUCCGGGAGUCUCCUGUCUGGCCUGGGCCUGAGUUCCCUGCAAGGGUCGCGGGGCAACGCCUUUGCUGACUCCUCAUCCAUCUUCGCCAAAAUGAGCGCCCCUCCCCCACCCAUCUCCCACCAGAGCCAGUCCUCGUCCUCGUCUCACAGCUCCAGGAAGUCCAGCAAGAUGAGCAGCGGUAGUGGGAGCUCAUCUUCUGGGUACCCCCAAUUCCUGCGUCCGUUCCACCCUGCAGAGGCAGCCUUGGCCCAGGAGCAGUUGCAUUCAGGGAUGGGGCGCUUUGACUUCAGCGGGAGCAGCAGUGGAGGGGGUGCAGGGGUCAUUGGUGGCGUUGUCACCUCCGCUCCCCCGCCCCCGCCACUGCACCCAGGCCUUUCAGUGCCCCAGCCCUCCCCAGGCCCGUCCUCCUCCUCCCCGUCUCCCUCAACCUCCACCUCAGCCUCCAAUAACCCCUCGGGCAGCACUGCCGUGCCCCUGGUUGGGCAGUCCGACCCACGCAGCCUUCAUCAACAGUUCAGCUGCAUGCUGGCAGCCAACCAGUACUUCUUAUCUGGCGUCCCCACCAACAGCAGCUUGGAGCAGUUCUUGGUCCAGCAGGGGACUCACAACCACUUGGGUCUGGGUCUGAGCCAGGGGGCCAGUGAGUCAAACUCGACUCUGGCCCCUCCACCUGCACUCCACUCCUCCCACAGCCACAGCCACACUACCCCACAGCCACAGCAGCAGCAACAACAGCUGGCACCUCAUGCCUUAUCUCACCCACACAGCCAUACUCACCAUCCGCACCCUCUCCACCCAGCACCCCAACCAGCCCCUCUGGGUGGCUUUGAUUUCCAAAGCAUUCCAGUCCUUUCUUCCAAUCAGAUUGCUACUCUGAUGCAGCAGGAGGCUGGACUUCCCCUUCCUUUGCCCCUCCACCUCUCCAUCUCUAAAGACGAGGUGGCCAAGGGAGGGGACAGCUCAUCCACCUCAGCUUCAAGUGGAGGGAGCCGGAGGAAGAAGGCAAUGGCCGGCUACCUACCCCAGAGGAAGUCAGACAGCGGCAGCCACAGCAGUCAUAGCCACAGCCAUAGCAGCAGCAGUGUCAGCAACUGCCACAACAGUAGUUCCAGUGGCCAAAGUCAGAACUCGUCAUCGGGCCUUGUUGGAGGGGGAUCCGGGGGUGUUGGGUUGAGCACCAUUGGAAGUGAGCCCCGGCACACUUCCCUCCUUUCCCCGUCCUCGCAGCAGCAGUCAUCUUCUACAGUGUCCUCCUCUUCAUCCUCUGCUCCCCCUCCCUCCAAUUCCACCUCAGUGCUUGUAGCCAACGGAAACCAACAGCUGCCCAAAUCCCAGGAGAGCCACAACUCCAUAGGGUCAUCUGGUUCCUCUGGCCAGCCGGAACCAGAACCUCUUUACCACUGUGGUGAAUGUGGGAAAACCUUCACCCACCUCUCCAGCCUGCGCCGCCACCUCCGCAGCCAUGGCCUGACGCCGGAGAGCAAAAGCAACAAGUCAAACCGGAACUCCCCAAGCCCAGAGAGAAUCUUCUGCUGCGGCGAAUGUGGGAAGGGGUUCAAGAAGAGGGGCCAUCUACUUCAGCACAGUGUCACCCAUUCACAGAACCGACCCUUUGUCUGCAGCAUCUGCCAAAAGUCCUUUAACCGCCGUGAGUCACUCACCCGGCACGAGAAGAUUCAUGAUGAGAAGCCUUUCCGCUGCCCAGCCUGUGGCCGCUGCUUCCGCGAAAGCACCUCGUUGCUCAACCAUGCAGCAUCAGGCACCUGCGGCAAGCCUCCUCGAAGCGCUAAGAACCGGGCCAGCACUGGAGGGAGUGGAUCGUCCAACCCAAGCAGCGGCAAAAUGGAAAGCAGCGGAGACGGCGCAGGAAUGUCCAAUGACAAAUAUGCCACAGAUUUUUCCAGAAACCGUUAUCAAAACCAGUCAUCCUACAACAGUGGUGUGGAUGACUACAGGAGAUCGCAGCCCUCAUCUCUCUAUUCCUCAGAGAGUUCCCUUGGCAAUGGGAUGGGCAGCCAGACCCUUAGGAAAGCCCCUUUAGCCCCUACUCUCCACCCCCACCCCCAGAAUCAACAGCACCACCACCAUCACCAACAGCAGCCCCACCUCCCCCUCUCUUCCUUGCUAGAUGACUCUGAGGAUGAGGUCACCAGCAGUGCCAUGUCUGCCAUUGCUGCAGCGGCGGCAGCCUCUUGCGACAUAAACACAGAGAGUCGGGAAGGGGAGAGAAGAGACAUUAUAGGAGGUCUUCUGGGAGGGCUUGGCUUCGGGAACAUUGGCGGUCCGUCAUCCACUUCUGGCAGCCUCAGCGGGUCCACCAUGCCGCUAACACACCCCAGUCAGCCCAAUGCCAAGCCCAAGAGGCCCAGGAAGCCCAGAGAGAAGAGAGACCCGGCGUCCAUAGUCAGAAGGAGGAGGAGCCCAGGACCACCUGGAGAUGGAUCAGAGAGGCCGUACGGGUGCCAGAUCUGUGGCAAGCGCUUCAGGAGAGCAGAGACCCUGCGCCGCCACAACCGUGUCCACACAGGCGAGAAGCCCCAUGCCUGCGAUGUGUGCGGGAAGACGUUCCGCGAGCCCUUCCAUCUCACGAAGCAUCUGACAGUGCACUCAGGUCAGAAAAAUUACAAGUGCAACCUGUGUGGGAAGGUGUUCGCCUAUGCCCAGAGCCUGGUGAGGCAUGGGAAGCUGCACCGAAAAGGGGAGAUAGACAACCAGGGCAGGAGGAUCAAAGGAGGAGCCAGCGCGAUAAGUCAGGUGGGCAACACAGGAAACUCUGACUACUACUCCUCUUAUUCCCAGGAGGAAAAGUCACCAACGUCUGGCACGCCCUCACAGAGGCUGUACACGUGCACAGUCUGCUGGAAGUCCUUCCGCCACCACUUCCACCUGACAGCGCACCAGCAGACGGUGCAUGGCGGGGGCGUGGGCCUGGAGAAGUCCUAUCGUUGUGAGGUAUGUGGGAAGGCAUUUGCCUACUCCAACAGCCUAGUCCGGCAUAAGCUUUCCCAGCAUAGUACUGAGCGUGACGGACAGCGCGUCAGCCAGCCACAGCCCUCAGGAUAUACCCCGCUCUUUUACGACUCCACGACCAGCUCUAACUAUGCGGGGUCAUCCCACAUGCAGCAUGGGGCCUCGGGCCAGCAGCACCCUUUUCACUACCGGUCAAAAAACUUUCAGAGGCGGCAUGGACAAACGAGAAAGCACCGGAAGAAAAAACGGCGAGUGGUGAUCCACAGUAUCAUGAGGGACGGGAAGCUGGUGGGCGUCCCCCUGAGUAAAGCGACCCGCAGGAAGCUGCUGCUGCUGAGGAAAAGAAGGGGCAAGCUGCAGGCACAAUUAAACAGAAAGAAGUUGCUUGCCCAGCUGAGGGUCAAGGGCAGCCUGAUGAAGGUGAAGACAUGGCUUGGAGGUGCCGUCAGAGUCACUGGGUUGACUUGUAUGGAAGUGCCCCUCAAGCGAUUCCCCUGCCCCAUCUGCCCAAGCACCACAUACGCCAAACAGGCUUUUCUAAUGAUCCAUCACAUCGUGAGGCACCCACCAAGGAACUCAGGCCGCCAAGCACGCCUGAAGUGCCAGGUUUGUGGAAAGCGCACCAGCACGUUAAGGAAAGCCUUAAAACACAGGGGCCGUCAUUUAAAACAAGGUGCAUUCCAAUGCCACAAAUGCCGCCACCGCUUCUGGAAUGGCAAGCUUCUGGCCCGCCACAGGUUCUCCUGCCGAGGAAUGACUGGGGGAGGGAGUGGAAACUGGGGGCUGAUGAAGAUGAAAUCUCCGUCUUCGCAGGACGGUAGUGGACAGCUGACAGACAGUGAGGGCCAGCCUCAGGUCCAGUCCCCAGACCAAAUGUCUGUCCCUGUUCUGGUCCAGCCUGAAAGAUCAACGGUUCUGACUGAAUACAGCCAGUAAAAUUCUUUUCUAGCCUAGAUUUUAUUUCUUUUUUUCAAAUAAGCCAAGAGGCAUCCAAGUGCUACCAGGUUUUUAACAAAAAGAUGAAGUGGGGAAAAAGGGGAAGUUUUAAUUGAACUACUAUAAUGUCCCCAGACUCCUACCUGAUGAAAUCUACAUCCAGUCCUAACAUACUACAACAGAGGUGGCUGUAAAAUUAGCUUGGACUUCAAAAGGCCCAUAAUAAGAAAUGCUCAUCCAUCUCUGUCUCCACUUCCCCAAAGGGGCGGUACUUUAGACCAUGUGACUAUUUUAAGUAGCGCCUGUGUCUGAAAAGAAAAUGCAUUCUUUCAGUUUCCCGUUUGUUUUUCCAUUUUUUUGUCCUUUUUUAUUAGCGGUGUUUGCGCUGAAGUUAUGGCUGCGUAUUCGUAGGAGUGAGGUACCGGUAGUACCUACGUGUUCUGUUUUCUGUUUUCACAUUAUUCACAGUUAAACGGUAUAGUUUGUCUCUUGUUCCGUACGUUUCUCUGUUCUGCGAGUGGAGAACCUCCCCCUCUGUUUUUUGAUACUCUCGAUGAAUUUGUCCCAAGAAAGGAAAGAAACUUCCUGCCCUCACUUAAUCCAUUCAGAACCAAGACUCGUUUGUUCUUGAUUUAGUUACCGAGUCACGGAACAUCGACUUUCUUCUUCGUGAAUUAACUUGUUGCUUUUACGACAAAAAGAAAAAAAAAAGUGUCUUCUCACAGAAACUUCGGAGAGCGGUUGAUGUUGUGCUGAAACUGACUGGGUCGCAGGAAACGGGGGUUGUAGAACGGAACAGAAAACGUGUUGGUGAUGAUGUUUUAAUGUACACUACUUGGGUCGUUUUUUUA